AGGGUAGCAGGGAGGCCACAAAUGAGGAUACAAGGGAGGUUCUGAACGAGGGUAGCAGGGAGUCUACAAACGAGGCUAGCCAGGAGGUUGCAAUUGAGGGUAGCAGGGAGGCUACAAAUGAGGAUAUCAGCGAUGGUGCUGGAGCUGUAAGGAAGGAGGAAGCACAGAGGAGAAGCAUUUUCCAACUCCCUUCAGAUAGUGAUUUCUCAGGGCCCGAUGCUCCUCUGCCCACUGCUGCUGCUGGUGCUGCUGGUGGUGUGGACAGGGCUGGUGUAAAGGCUGCGGGGGAUGCUGCUGCUGGGGCUGCUAGCAUUGCCGCCUCUCCCAAUCGGACUGAUGUUGACUCGUUUGACUUUCUUGGGAAGCCGGAGGUGAAAUCGAGAAUGGCGCUGCUCAAGGAGAAGAAGAAGAAAGAAGUUGGGUUUGAGAUUCCUCGAACGGAGGAGAGAGCGGGGCGGGGGCACGCUCACCCUCCCCUUCACAAGCAAAGGUCGCUGGACGCUCGAACCUGGGGGCCUUUGACCUUGGGUUCUGCUGCUGCUGGGAAGACUGGCGUUGACUCGUUUGACUUUCUGGGGAAGCCGGAGGUGAAGUCGAGAAUAGCACAGCUGAAGGAGAAGAAGAAGAAGGAAGUGGGGUUUGAAAAGCUUCAAAAGGAGAAGAAAAAAGGGUGGGGACGGAUGCACCCAGGGACUCCACUUCACAAGCAAAGGUCCCUGGAUGCUCGAACCUGGGGGCCUUUAACUUCGGCUAGUGCUGCUGCUGCUGCUGCUGCUGCUGUGAAGACUGGCAUUGACUCGGUUGGGUUUGUUGACCAGCCUGUUGUGCUGCUGCCAAUGCAGCGGCAUGCUUCCCUGGAUUCGAGGAGAGGGUUCCUGGAUUUCAGGGAGGAUUCGCUGGAUUCAGGGGGAGAAUCCCUGGGUUUCAGGGAAGGUUUGCGGGAUGUGAGGAAAUACUCUCCUCUGGAUUUCAGCAAGGAAUUUCGGGAUGCGAGAAACGUUUUGCUGGAUACGAGGGAAGAAUCGUUCAAUUCCACUGGGGCAUUCUUGGAUUUUGAGGGGAAAUCGCUGGAUUUCAUGGGGGAGGGAAAGGAGCUGGGGACGAACUGGAGGGGGGCGGAGUUUGGGGACUCGACGGCAGCGCUCGCCACUGGGGAGGAGGAGAUCGAUGGGGGGAGGAGGGAUGGGGGGAGGAGGUCUGGACUUUGGGGGGAUAGCAGGAGAGAUUCUUAUAACGAGGACGUGAGACGGGCUUCUAACGAUUUACCUGUGGAGGCUGAGAGUGGGGGGGCACCUGGGCAGGCAAAGAAAGGGUCGUAUGAAAUUAGAGUGCAGCGUUCGAGUCCGUCUGUUCUAGACACGUCCCGUGAAUCGGAUUCUGCUGUUUGGGACAAGUCGUUUGGGUCGACUAGAAAACUGUCUCAUCACAUGUCAACCCUAUUAGACACGUCUCAUGAGUCUAAUUCUGCGGAUUCUCCUGUUUGGACAGGUGCUGCUAGUGCUAGUAGAGCUGUUGUGGAUACACACGAGUCAGAGUCUGCUGAUUCGCCUGUGUGGGGGACAGUGAGCGGCGGCAGGCGAAGGGGAGUGAGAGAAGGAAGGAGCGGUGGGUUCCCAGGGGAUGAACCAGCGGCCAGCAGGAAACCCCGAGGCCUCGUUGUGGAGUCAUUAGAGUCAGAGUCUGCUGAUUCGCCUGUGUGGGGAACAGUGAGUGGUGGAAGGCACGGGGGAAGGCGCGAAGGAGGAGGAGGCGGAGGUGGGUUUACAGCGGCUGUAGGGGCGAGCAGCAGGGGACCGCGAGGGCUUGUUGUGGAUUUUUUAGAGUCAGAAUCGGUCGAUUCGCCUGUGUGGGGAACGGUGAGUGGUGGGCGGAGAGGGGUAGGGAUGGGUGAGAGGGAGGAUGUUUUUACUGCAGAUGGAGCAGUGGGAGAGGGAAGAGGAAGAGGAGUAACUUCUGAUCCUGCAACUCCUGAUGUGGCACCUGAUGAAACACCUGAUUCAGCACCUGAUGCCGGAGCUGAUGAAGCAGCUGAUGAUGCAACAUCUGAUGUAGCACCUGAUACAACACCUGGUACAUUGGAUGCUGCAGCAUCUGCUACCACUGCAGGUGUGAGGUGCUUCGACAGGGUUGAUGGGCAGACAGAGGUGGGGGCUUUCGAGGCGCGUCAAAAGUCACCUGAUGCAACACCUGACGCAACACCUGAUGCAACACCUGAUGCAACACCUGAGGCUGCAGCAUCUGCUACCACUGCAGGGAGCAGGGAGGAGGAAGGAAAGCCCCUCUUCUGUGCCACCUUCCUUGAAAGGUGUGAAUGGGAAGGUGGAGCUGGGGAAGGUGGAACUGGGGAAGGUGAGACUGGGGAAGGUGAGACUGGGCAAGGCGAGUCAGGGGAAGGCGAGUCAGGGGAAGGAAAAAGUGCUGUGAAGGAGAUGAAAGAGACGACAGAAAUGAAGGGGAUGAAGGGGAUGAAGGAGAUGGAAGAAAUGGUAGAGCUCAUGGAGAUUGCUACAGCGGCAGCGAGGGCCUUGAGACGCCCGGAAGAAGACAGAGGCAUGCAAUCAUAUGCCACUAGUUACAAGGCUUUGGAGGAGCCUCCUGCUUCUCCUGCCGUGGAGCUCGCGGUUCGAAUCCUCAAGUGCUACAAACGGGAGAUUUCCCCCUGGAUCCCGGCCUCGUGCCGGUUCAUCCCCACAUGCAGCGAGUAUUCAGUCAUGGCGCUGCGCAAGUACGGCCUUCUGAGAGGCGGGAUUCUGACUGCAUGGAGAUUGUUACGCUGUAACCCUCUAGGUCCAUCUGGUUAUGAUCCUCCGCGUUGGUUUGGGGAGCCUCCCCCGCCUUCUGUAUAG